CACGGUGCCCUGUUGCUUGAGCGCCUCUGAUCAUGACCCGCGCCUUCUCACUUGGAAAUGUUCUUGUAAUAACUACCUACAUAUUCACAGGAGGAUGCCAGAACGGGAGCCUGGACCGAUGUCCGACACAACUCAACAGAGGAGCGUACUUAAAGGCGUUCCGAGACCAGUGUUACGACUUCGUAACCUACGACGACAGAACGUGGAACACGGCGAAGACGUCGUGUGAAAGUCAAGGAGGAACCCUCGCGAUCAUCAAAGACCGACCAACGCAAGACUUCAUUCUCGCCGCCAUCCAAAGUUUGGGUUACUCGGAGAAAGGCGUGUGGAUCGGCUUAACAGAUUCCGAGAACGAGGGUAUUUGGAAGUGGGUCAAAGCUGGUACAGUGUCCUACAGUAACUGGGAACCUGGCCAUGGAGGAAUACUGGGUUUCGCAGAAGACUGCGCUCUACUGCGAUCUGUCGAUGGAAAAUGGAUAGAACUUCCCUGCGGCGUUUUCUGGGAUACGUACGGCUUCAUUUGUCAAUACGAUAUGCUACCGACAACAACCAGCCUUCCGGGGAUUCCGACAGUAUGAAGCUCAAUAGCUACUAUUUGAGGCUAGAGAUAAAGCGUUGCUGAGCCUCGGUGCUCACAUGGUGAUUAAACCUUGCAAUAAGCAUUCCCAAAA